AUGGAACCUGCCAUCGAGAAACUGCUCGUGACCCUUGUUGAUGGGCGCGCGGAGGGCAUUCGGUUCCGCCAAGACAACCUCAUCAGUCUUCAUGAGGAAUUACGCAAGGAGUCCGCAGCGCUGUGCGCUGCCGAAGAAAAGGACUCGGGCGCGUCAAGGACGGAAGUCGAGGUUGAGCAUUUUCUAUCAAUGGAGGCCAUUCGCCACUUCUAUGAGUCUCUUGACUUUGGAAAGGAGCUCGAUACCGAGUAUCUAGUAGCUCAUGGCAAGGACAACACCACUAGACGAACCGGUGCUGGGCUGGUUAUCAUUAGGCCAACAACUUACACUCGGCUGUUCUCUAUUCUGAGCCCUCUUGCUGCGGCUAUAGCUGCAGGUUCUGUGGUUGCGCUCGAGCUCGAAGAUACUCUGCUGCAGCUUGACUCGAUUCUCCGCAGCGUUCUUCCUCGAGCUCUGAAUCAGAAUGCUUUCUGCAUUACAAAGAAAAUUACGGAUCAAUCGCUUCUCGACUCGGCAAUCCUCGUGGAUCAAACAGGCGUUGCACCCAGCGCAAGCCAUGUUAAUCACUUUGUUUCCUCCAACACUGCCCGUGCCAUUGCCAUCGUCGACCGUACCGCCGACAUUGAAGCCGCAGCAGGGGCCAUCACAGCCGCACGUUUCGGCUUUGGGGGACAGUCACCGUAUGCGCCAGAUCUCGUUCUAGUCAAUGAGUACGUGAAGAAGGAGUUCUUCGAAGCAUGCUCAAAGCACGCUUCCCUUGCCUUCGCGCGGGAGACGACCGUUCGACGCGCAAGUGACAACAAAAGCGACGAGACGAGGGCGGCCGUACAGGAGGCUGAGGAGAAGCGGCUGGUCUCCAGCUUUGGAUCGAAGGACUUCAAGUUGGUUGACAUCAAGGACAAGAACACUUCUCUCUUGAAUGCUAAGGUUAGUGGGCGUUUCUUGCCGAUUGCGACUUCAUCUGGCCUCGUGGACUCCAUAUACACUUAUGAGUUUGAAAAGCCUCUCUUGGCGGGCUACUUCUUCGCCAGUCCUGACGCGGCAAAGUACCUCUCACAACACCUUCCCUCGCACAUUUCUUUUGUCAACCAGAUCCCCUCCAGCCUUCUCCUGGGGCCUGCGGCAUCCACCUUGCACGAUGCGGCCUUCGAGUUCCGUUACAGCAAGGAGAUGUUUUCCGUGUCCCGGCCACAAUUCAUUGAGCAGCCUUCCGGCGCACUGGCAAAGGUCGACCAGCUCCUCUCUGGCGCCGGCGGCAUCACGACACAAAGCCUGCGGGCUUUGGCGACUGCCCCCCUGAAGCCCACGAACCAGCCUGGAAACAGCAGGUUGGGAUUCUUCGAGCAAGGGUUCGUAGUUGGUGCCAGCCUGAUCAUGAGCAUUGUGCUCCCAAGUCUGGCGUAUGGAACAUGGAUCGGUGGACGCAGAGUGUUUGACUACGCAUUGAAGCUCAGGUCUUAG